AUGGCUAUUGAUCUGGUCAAUAUUUUACCUUCAUUGAUGACUGAUGUCGACGACACCUAUACAUUAAAUGGGUUAUUCAAAGAAGAGGAGGACCAUAAAGAUCCGUCACAGCAACCAAAAAAUGUAGUUUUAAUGGGAUGGUGUAUGCCUUCUUCUUGUACGCCAUAUGAUCUCAAAACAUAUUUAAAUAGCUACUUCAAUACAAUGGAUUUUUCACUCAGGAGUCACAAUGUAUCAUACUCUUCAUUUAUUGAAGACAAGAAUUGCCAAAGAGAGGAUGAAUAUAAUGAUCUCGAUCAAACAGACAUUUCAUUUGGAUUAGUAUGUGUAAUAAUUCUUUCUUUGGUAAUAUCGUCGACGAUAUACGACUGCUUCCGAAACUACUCAAACGAGAAACUAGUAGCCAGGUCACCAAUUGCUUCACUUUUUCUUACGUUCUCUAUAAAGAAAAACUUGAAAAAACUACCGCAUGCAGAUGAUUCCAAUCCGGCUCUAACUAUCUUAUAUGGAAUGCGAGUUAUUUGCAUCUUAAUGAUUAUAACUGAUCACAGAUUUGGAACGCAUCUUUCAUCUGCCGUUUUAAAUUUUGAGUUAGUAGAAGAGCAAUACAGAUCUCCAGUUGGAACCAUUUUCUUUCAUGGUGAUGUAUUUGUUGAUUCUUUCUUCAUUUUAAGCGGUCUAUUAGUGACAUAUUGUCUGCUAGUUCAAUACGACAAACGAUUUAUUAAUCCUGGACUGAUAGUAUUCAUGAGGUAUAUUAGAUUGACACCAGUAUAUGCUAUAGUUAUAUUUUACUAUGCCACAUUAUUUAAAUAUGUUGGAAGUGGUCCAAUGUGGAAGACGAUUAUUAACGCCGAAGUAAAUGACUGUAGGGAAAAUUGGUGGACAAACAUAUUAUAUAUUAGCAAUUAUGUUAAUCCUGAGAAAAUGUGCAUGGUACACUCUUGGUACCUUCCGUGUGAUUUUCAUUACUUCAUGAUUGCAGUAAUUUUAUGUAUAGUUAUAUACAAAAACAAGAAAGUGGGCCUAAUACUUCUCUCUUUCGUAACCAUGGCCGCUAUUAUAACUCCGUUCGCUAUAGUUUGGUAUUACCAGAAAUCUGCGGUGUUGUUCUUUUAUCCAGAUUUCCUGAGGCAACCAAAACAACAGGAGGAUUUCCUCUUAACUUACUCCAAAUCACACACAAGAGCAUCACCAUACUUCAUUGGAAUGAUUGCCGGAUAUCUGUACUAUAGAAUGAGAGGAUCAGAAAAAUGUUUAAAAAAAGAAUACUCACACAUAAUUCUUCUAUCAUCUUUAACUGUCAUGAUAGGUUCCAUAGUCAGUGGCGUUAUCUUCUACGACCCGAAAUAUGAUUACAAUGCCAUAGAGUCUGGCUUGUAUGCAUCUUUACAUAGAGUGGCUUGGUCUGCAGGAUCAGUAGGAGUUUUGUAUGUUGCGAGUUAUGGACAUGCUAAACUUAUCUAUAACUUCUUAUCUUGGAAGCCCUGGGUUCCAAUUAGUAAGCUUGUCUAUGGUGCUUAUUUAACUCAUAUGCAGUUUCAAAUCAGAGCCACCGCUAGGAAGGGAGGAUCUGAUUUUAUUACCUAUUUUGACAUUAUAAGUUGGGCUUUUUCUGACAUCGUAUUAGCCUUUUCAUCAGCGUUUGUUUUAUAUCUAACAGUGGAAGCACCUUUUAGAAACAUAUUCAGUUUAAUAUUUGCACCGCCUGCAAGAAACACCCUAAAACCCAAACCGAAACCUGUAGAAUCUCAAGAAAGUGUUAACGAGGUUACCUGUGAUAGUCAUUUAUAA